UUUCAUUCUGCAUAUCGCGCAUGAGAGCUGCUAUGUGUCGUGCCGCUACGGUGGCCGCCGUCGCCUUCUUCUCAUGCAUCCACGCAUCGCCAGAUACUUACCGCCUCCAAACGGCGGUUGUACGCACGUCCACGGGAGACCUAUAUGGCACGUAUGCGAAGGACCCAUUGUCGUCCAACACGUGGGGAGGCGACUUGCCCGACCAGGACAUGGCUUUGCAGGGACAGGUUGUGUCGUUGCGUGCGCUGAGUCCUGCGGCAACUUUUGCAUGCCAAGCGUCGGAAUUGAUCAACAACACAGCGCUCCAGCAGAAAUUGUCUUCGCUCACCACGUCUCGCUUCAUUCUGGUCGUCGAGCGGGGCAAUUGCACAUUCACGGAAAAGGCGCUCGCGGCACAACAGAUCGGUGCGGCGGCGGUCAUCAUUGCGGACACGGUCGAAGCGAUCUACAACACCACUGUCCGCGAGAACGGAUCCAAAUACGACAAGGGCGGCGCGUUCGACUGCUCCCAAGGCUCCGCCGUCCUCCCUUCCAUCGAGAGUCCUCCAUGGUCGGACCUGAACAACGCCGCCACAUGCAACACCUCCCCCUCAUGUGCGUCGCAGCGUUGCAUUCCCACGGGAAGUGGCAACCAGGUGUGCUGCAUGUGGGACGUCGCCGACUACUUGGGAUAUGGCGUGAAUGCCGACCAAGUGAUCAUCCCCGUCGUGCGUAUCCGCGUGGCGGACGCUUCCAAGCUCGGGUCUUCCUCCGUGAUCCUCUUCAAACGCUACGUGCCUCGCGUAGACUUGGCGCAAGUGCUCAUCUGGCUCAUGGCCGUUGCCACGAUCGUCACCGCCGGGUACUACGGCGCCACGUUUGAGCGCAAGAAGGCGACGGCCAAGCGCGUCCAUGCCACGUCGUCGUCUGGUCGUGUGCCUGCCGCCGUCCACGCCGCCCUGCGCCAGGAGCAGAUGGACGAGCCGGCACUCGACAUGGGAUGGGUGCAUGCAGUGGCAUUCCUCGUGUUCGGUUCGGGGUUUCUCUUGCUGCUGUUCUACGUGAAUGUGGUGAUGGUAGUGAUCGUGCUCUUCUGCUUUGGCGCGACCAGUGCCGUGGGUACGAUCCUCUUGACCCCGCUGCUGCAUCGCGUCUCCGCCUUCCGCGGCCAGCUGUACGCCGCCGACAAUGCGUACCUGGGUCCAAUCCGCAUUACCGUGUCGGACGUGCUGUCGUUCGGGUUGUCGUUAGGGUUGGUGCUUUUUUGGGUGCUUACUCGCCAUCAAGACUACUCGUUCGUGCUGCAAGAUGUGUUUGGGAUCUGCGUGAGCAUCCAGUUCCUCCAGACCAUCCGGCUGCCCAAUAUCAAAGUGGCCACGAUCUUGCUGCUGCUCGUGUUCGUGUACGACAUAUUUUUCGUGUUUCUAUCGCCCUACAUCUUUGGCAAGUCGGUCAUGAUCGUCGCGGCCCAAGGCGGCAAGCAGGACGACGCGGAGGCUCCGUCCUCUUAUUGCCUGCGGUACCCGUCCAACGACAACGGGGCCAAGUGCGUCAAGGAGGACAUCCCGAUCCUGCUGCGGCUGCCGAAACUCACCAACUGGCUCGGCGGCGAAGCCAUGCUCGGCCUCGGAGACAUCGUCCUCCCCGGGCUCCUCGUCGUCUUUUGCGCCCGAUUCGACUAUGCCACCCGCGGAAACGUCGUCGGCAUCCCUCGCCCCGGCUCAUUUGGCGGGCGCGUCGGCCUCUUUGGAAUGAUGUGCGUCGGGUACGCUGUGGGGCUUCUGCUGGCCAACAUCGGCGUAAUCCUCAUGCGGUCGGGCCAGCCGGCGCUCCUGUACUUGGUCCCGUGCACGUUGGGCGUACUGGUGGUCGCCACAUGGCGAACUAACGGACUCCUGAGAAAGCUGUGGGACGGGCCAACCGAAUUCAACCAACUCCCAGAGGUGGAGCUGCCACUGGACACAGCCACGACGACGGCCAGUGCCGUGCCGUAUGCGAUUCCCAUGAUGGAGGAGGAGGUGCAACGACCGUCCUCCCCAUCGUCAGCGUAGUAGCUAGCGAUACAGUAGUAAUAUUACCAUGGAAUCGUUCAACAUACAUGC